AUGUCUCUGCACGAGUUCUUGCGGGAGGGCGGCGAGGCGUCAUACCGGAUCAUGAACCGGCUCAGUCUUCUGAUCCAGAACUUGGACAUCUCAGGACUUGGAUCUUCUUUCGCUUUCAGUCCAGCCAGUCGUAAGAAUUCCUGGAAGGAUUGGGAUGAUGAGAUCAUGCAAUUGGACAGCAGCCCUCUCCGCGCUGCUGACAUCACUCCUGAACUCAGGAGGCAGUUCGCUUUUCUUUCAGGAGGCAGAGGAGACAACGGUAGCCCCAUCAUCAUUUUUCCAGAAUUCCCAUCUUUCAGCGAGAUCACGGACAGAGAAUUUCACAAUGUGCUCACCUACCUGACAAGUGUACCCAGUUUGCCAUCAACGGACGUAGGCUUCAUUCUUGUCAUCGAUCGCCGGCAGGACCGAUGGGCCGCCGUCAAAGGGACUCUGCUACGGAUCGCGGGUGCGUUCCCUGGAAACCUGCAGCUGGUUCUGGUCCUCCGGCCCACUACUCUUUUCCAGCGCACACUCUCCGACAUCCUCUUCAAAUUCAACAAGGAUGAAUUCAAAAUGAAAGUGCCUGUGAUCAUGCUGAGCUCGGUGAGUGAGCUUCACUCGUACAUCGACCAGACACAGCUGAGCCAGGAUCUCGGGGGAACGCAGGCAUACUGUCACGAAAAGUGGAUCACUCACCGCACGGCUAUUGAGGGCUUUGCAUUGAUGGUGAAAAAGAUGGCCCAGGCACUGCAGUCGUUUGGCGCUGAACUGGCUGAAACAGAACUCCCUAAUGAGACCCAAGCCACCAAUUUCCUCCUCAGUGAACAUGGCUGCAAGAAAGACAAGAUGAAGGAUGAUCUGCUGGUGGCUCUGAGGCAAGGGAGCAGGCUGUUGGAGAGCAUUAAUGAACCUCUGAUGCACAACCCUGACCACAACAUGAACCAAGACGAACUAGAGAACCUGGCAACAGUACAGAGACUCCUGUCACAAUUGGAUGAGACGGAAACGGCUUUUGACGAGUUCUGGGCAAAGCACCGGACCAAACUGGAGCAGUGUCUGCAGUUGCGCCACUUUGAGGAUGAUUACAAGGAGUUAAGGCUUCUGCUGGAUCAGCUGACUGAGAAACUGGACACGUUCUCUGAGGUGGGGAUCAGCCCCACCCAUGUUGACCAUAUUCUCAGUGGUCUCAACGCCCAUGAGGAAAGAGUUUGCGAGGUGCUGGACAGAGCUUUGGCUUUGGCCCGUGAAGGUGAUGACCUCAUCCAGAAGGCCCAUUACGCUCAGGAUUCAAUUGUUCCCAAAAGCAACGAGCUACGGACGCUCUGCCAGGAAUUAAGCGACAGCCUAAAGUCAAAGAAGGAGUUGCUCCUCAAAGUCCGAGAGCUGCAUCACUGCUUGGAGAAGGCUUUAAAGUGGUGCGACGAUGGCAUUUACCUGCUAGCCUCUCAGCCCGUGGACAAGUGUCAAUCUCAUGAGGGGGCGGAGUCAGCCCUACAGGAGUUGGAAAGGUUCUUGGCAGACGCAGGACAGAACCGACUGUUGGAGCCAAGCGGCAUCUGGACAGAAUAUGAGGCCGUGCUCGACCAGCAGCUCAGGGACCAAGUGGAGAAGGUGUUCCAGAAGCAAGCGUCCAUGCAGGAGAUGUUCGACAAGAGAAGGGUCAGCCUCAACAAACUGGCAGCCAAACAGACUAGGCCAGUGCAGCCGGUCGCUCCAAGACCUGAAGCCUUCAUCAAAUCUCCUCUUAGCUCACCCGGUCAGUCUAAAUCUCCAACAGGUAUACUUGGACAUUGAAGUUCUGUACACCGCUUUGAUUCAAAAUCUGAGUCAAAUCAAAACAAAGCAUUACACGGCUCUCUUUCAGAGGAGGAAGAGAAUCUGGCUGUGCUCAGGAGGCAUGUCAUGAAUGAGCUGCUGGAAACAGAAAGGGCCUAUGUGGAGGAGCUGCUCUGUGUCUUACAGGGUUAUGCCUCCGAGAUGGAUAACGCUGCCAUGGCGCAUCUUAUCCCUCCUCAUUUGCUGAACAAAAAGGAGAUUUUGUUUGGCAACAUGCCAGAAAUCUACCAUUUCCACAAGAGGACAUUUCUCAGGGAGUUGGAGCUUUACGCAGACUGUCCAGAACUAGUCGGGAGAUGUUUCCUAGAAAGGAUGACAGACCUGCAAAUCUAUGAGAAGUACUGUCACAACAAGCCUCGCUCCGAAAGCCUCUGGAGGCAGUGCUCCGACUGCAUCUUCUUCCAGGAGUGUCAGAAAAAGCUGGAGCACAAACUUGGCUUGGAUUCCUAUUUGCUUAAACCUGUGCAGAGAAUCACCAAAUAUCAGCUGCUAUUGAAGGAAAUGCUUAAAUACAGUAAAGGCUGUGAGGGUACGGAUGACCUGCAAGAGGCUCUGACCUCCAUCUUGGGCAUCCUUAAGGCUGUCAAUGACUCCAUGCAUCUCAUUGCCAUUACAGGAUAUGAGGGCAACCUGAGUGAGCUGGGAAAGCUGCUGAUGCAGGGGUCAUUCAGCGUGUGGACGGAACACAAGAAAGGCCACGCCAAGGUGAAGGACCUAGCCCGUUUUAAGCCCAUGCAAAGGCACAUCUUCCUGCAUGAGAAAGCCCUACUCUUCUGUAAGCGAAGGGAGGAGAGUGGUGAGGGAUACGAGAAAGCUCCCUCUUACAGCUUCAAGCAGUCACUCAGCAUGAAUGCUGUUGGCAUUACUGAAAAUGCCAAAGGAGAUAAUAAGAAGUUUGAAAUCUGGUGUAAUUCUAGAGAAGAGGUCUACAUUGUGCAGGCACCAACACCUGAAGUUAAGACCACCUGGGUGAAGGAGAUAAGGAAGGUUUUGACAACUCAAUUGGAAGCAUGCAGAGAAGCAAGUCAGCAGAGGGCGCCAGAUCAGGUUAUCCAAUGUCCUCCAGGAGGACCAGACAAUCAAAGCAGCAGUCCAUUCAAGAUGGGCCAAAGAAGUUUGAAGAAAGGAGAUGAGAGGAAAGCAGAACAAUGCAUUCUCGAUUCCAAUUCUUCUCCUUCGUCAAAGUCAGCAGGGAAAGAGAGAGCCUCAAGCCCUACCUCAGACAGAAGUGCGGCAGCUAAAAAGCGAUUUACUUUACAGGGCUUCAGUAACCUCAAAGCUCAGAAAGGGUCUCCAACCAGCCCUGAUCACAAGACUAAGCGCCAGAGUGACCCCACACCAUUCGGCUUUAAGGGCUGGAACAAGACCUCCCUGUCGCUCGAUGCAUCAGAGGAGCAUGAAGGCUACUCUAGUGGCGAAGAUCCUCUCAACUCUGAUGCAGAGGAGGACAACGCCAAGAAGCUUUGCGCUGGUAAAUACACGGCAACGGCGGACUAUGAGAAAAGUUCCAACCAAGACGUGGCGGUAAAAAGCGGAGAAGUUGUGCAGCUGGUGAAGGAGGGGGAGGACGGACAGUGGUUAGUGCGUAACCUCAACACCUCCACUGAGGGCUGGAUAGCCACGGCAAAUUUGAUUACACUCAUUGUAAAGUCCAAGUCGUGUCAUUCACUCACCAGCUCAGAAGGCAGCGGUUCAGGACACCUCAGCACAUCAUCCAGUUGCAGUGAAACCUGCACGCCUUUCACCGAUGUCAAAUCCUGA